AUGGGAGCGCCACUUUGGCUUCGUUGGCUAAAGGUCUAUGCAUAUGGAGGUUGCAUUAUUGGUACCGGGGUUUUACUUUUUAACUAUACUACGCCGACGGAUGAAGAUAUCAUUAACGCUCUUUCGCCUGAAUUAAGAUUGCAGUAUGAAAGGGAAAGAGGUUUGCGCAGAGCAGAGCAGCAGAAUCUUAUGCAGAUUGCAAAAGAAACUUCAGCGAGUAGCAAUCCUAUUUGGCAGACUGGAGCCAUCCAAUCUCCCUGGGAAAAGAACCCAUCCGCUGUAAAGAGUAGUGAUCAUUUUGAGAAGUUGAAGGCUGAUCAAGUGCAGAAGGAAGAGCUUGACAGGAUAAGGAAGCAGUUAGCAGAAAUAAGGGAGAAAAGCGAGCAAAAGACGAAGCAAUUCGUCAAUGAUAGAAGUUGGUGGAAGCUGUGGUAG